GAACAAAAUAUGCCGGCCGUGGAUAGUCUGCUUCGUAUGGCAAUACAGAGGUACCCCUGUAACUCCAGGGAUGUUGUCUUCGCUUUUCGACAGUCAUCGGACGAGGGAGCGAGCAUGUCAACUACUGCUAUCACAGUGAUAUCCGUUUUAGCUAUUCUGGUUGUAGCUGUGAUAGCUACUCUGAUUAUUGUAUAUGUGAUAAGGCGGAAGCACGUGGCGACAGUUGCAAGACCUGACAGACAACCGAUGAUGCAGAAGGUCCAUAUUGAGGAGGGGGGGGGGAUGACGAGAACAUCUACACAAACAGGUCCUUUGAUGAUGCAAGGCUCCACCCCCAGGCUUCCCCCGCUAUCCCCUCACGACAGAGGCGACUGACAUAAGUCUGACAUACACAAUAACCUCCCCUAAAACACACACACACUCAAAAUAAAAUACACGA